AUGACGUCAUCAAUCAACAACAAUCGAUGUAAAUUAUUAGUACUUGAUCUAGAUAUUAAACAAACAAGUAUCGAUGAUUUGCGUACAUUUUUCUCAUCAUAUGGUCCAGUUGAAUGGAUUGAAACAUUUCCAGAAUCAAGUUCAGUCAUCAUUUAUUUCAUCAGUUAUCUUAUUGUUGAUCAUCUUGUUAAUUAUCGUACAUGUAUAAUUGGCCAAAGUGUUGUUCGAUUACGUCGUUUUCGUUUAGAUCAAAAUAAUUGGCAUUUUGAUUCUUGCACUUUAUAUAUAAAAUUAACAACAUCACCUUAUUCAAAUAGUGUGUUAACUGAAGUAGCUUUGCGCUAUUGUUUUCGAGAUUAUCUACCUUACAUUAAUAAAUUAGACAUAAUCAAUGAAAAUAAUGCAUUGGUUUCUUUUUCACAUUAUGAUUAUGUUGAUCAAAUUAUUCUUAUGCCUUCAACUAUGUUUAUAAUCGAUGAUGUACCACUUGUAUUCGAACGAAUCAUUGAAAAAGUAAAUAAAAAAUCUCGUUGGGAUCAGUCAUCAGCUCCAUUAACAACAAAACCAAUUUUAUCUGUAAGAGAUCCAGUUGUUCAUAAAUUAAUUAGUCAUAUUGAAUAUUUAACGAAACAACUUCGAGAACAACCAAGUCAUUCUCAAAAUAAAAUUGAACGACUUGAAGCUGAAGUAUUUAUAUUAAAAAAUGAAAAUGCUGAGCUUAAAUCAAAAUUCGAAUUGAAAUCGACUAAAAAUAUUGAACAACGUCUUAAAGUAUUAGAAGAUGUAUCAAAUCGACUUGUAAAUAAACAAUAUGAUCUUAAUCGACGAGAACGAAGUAAUAAUAAUGAGAAACAGCCAAAGCGUCGACGAUCCUAUAAAAUUCAUGAUGAUUUUUCAAAUUCGCCAUAA